CUUCCUGGGGUGAAAGUGUUCAAUCUCCGGGGUGGUUCCUUGUGUUUGUUAGUCGUGCAACUGAGUCUAUAGGAAGAAGGCCUUGGAUGAAUAGGGAAAACAUCAGAAGUAGGGUGAAUUCAGAUCUGUUGGACCACUUACCUAAUUCAUUUCACACGCUGUCGCCUGGAAGCUGCACAGUAUAUACUAUGUGCCAGUAACUGACAUCUAAACCGCAAGGCAGAUAAUUCAAUGGCAGACUUCCUCAUUACCGGAAAACUCAAGAAUUUGUAUUUACGGAUACCCUUAACAUCUUAAGAAUACAGUUUUAGCCCACAAAGAUUUUUUUCUUUGACCAAGACAAUUCAAUGUGUGAACACAGAGUUCUGUUGCUAUAAAAGUUUGCCCUUUGUGGAACAUAUUUUUUUAUAAGCUGCCACUUGCCAUAUUUGGACAACAUGUCUACCUCCUCGUUACGGCGUCAGAUGAAAAAUAUUGUUCAUAAUUACUCUGAGGCAGAAAUCAAAGUGAGAGAGGCCACAUCAAAUGAUCCAUGGGGUCCAUCCAGUUCUUUAAUGUCUGAAAUUGCUGAUCUAACCUACAAUGUAGUUGCAUUCUCAGAAAUAAUGAGCAUGAUUUGGAAGCGACUUAAUGAUCAUGGCAAAAACUGGCGACAUGUCUAUAAAGCUAUGACAUUGAUGGAGUAUUUAAUAAAGACUGGUUCUGAACGGGUGGCACAGCAAUGCAAAGAAAAUCUUUAUGCUAUACAGACACUGAAAGAUUUCCAAUAUGUGGACAGAGAUGGAAAAGACCAGGGAGUGAAUGUCCGCGAGAAAGCUAAACAAUUAGUCUCUCUGUUGAAGGAUGAUGAACGACUGAAAGAAGAAAGAACACAUGCCCUAAAAACGAAGGAAAAGCUGGCACAAACAUCAACAUCAUCUUCUGCAUCAUCAACUGCAAACCCAGCUACAGAAGCUGAGCAAGCCUGGCCUCAGAGCACUGGUGAGGAAGAACUUCAGCUCCAGUUGGCUCUGGCUAUGAGCAAGGAAGAAGCGGAGCAGGUAAGAGCAAAGCCCCCAGCUGUCCCUGAAGAGGAAUUGCAGCUUCAGCUUGCACUUAACUUGAGCAAAGAGGAACAUGACAAGGAGGAGAGGAUCAGACGAGGAGAUGACCUAAGGCUUCAAAUGGCCAUUGAAGAAAGUAAGAAAGAAGCACCUUCCAAGCAAGAAGAGUCUUCUUUAAUGGAUUUAGCAGAUGUUUUCACCUCUUCUGCUCCUGUAACUACUGCUACAGAUGUGUGGGGACAAACUGGUGCCCCUACAGUAGAUCCAUGGUCUAGCACUUCCACAGUUCCAGCAACAUCAGACCCAUGGGGAGGACCACCUGUUGUAGCUGGUGCCACUACUGAUCCGUGGGGUACAUGUGUGCAGACAAACCCUGCUUCCAGUGACCCAUGGGGUGGGACUCCAUCAGCUUCCGCCACAGAUGCCAAAUCAGUGUCUGACCCAUGGAAUCCAGGAGGUACCACACCGACUGUAGCUACUUCAAGCAGUGAUCCAUGGUCUUCAAAUUCUCCUGGUGCGGAUCCUGUUAAGCAACCAGCAGAUCCUUGGGCACCAGUUUCAACUUUUUCUGAUCCUUGGGGUGGAUCACCUUCUAAAGCAAGCACAAAUGGGACAAUAGGUGAGUUGGAUCUUCUUGCUGGAGAGGUCCCUGUGUCCCAUUCUUUAGGAUCCAGAAGUCCAGAUGCUUUUGACAUGAGAGCAAUGCAUGAUUCACUGUCUGAUUCCACAAAACCCACACGAAAAACACCAGAGUCCUUCCUUGGACCAAAUGCUGCACUGGUAGAUUUGGACUCUUUGAUUUCCAAGCCGACAUCCCAGAAUACAAAGUUGUCUAAUCCUUUCCUUGUUGCAGGAUCAAACAGUACAACAACAAAUCCAUUCCAACCUAAUCAACAACAACCAUCGCUUACUUUAAACCAGCUUCGAUGCAGCCCUGUUAUGACACUGGGACAGCCAGUUACGCCAGCUGCCCAAACACCUUCAAGCAUUCCAUUUUCUUCUAUGCCCUCUUUAGUUCCCGGAAUUGCUCUAACCAGUGCAACACCAGUUGUUGGGGUGCAACCCGUACCUGGCUUGCCAGUUGCUACAGUGGCUCCUGGAGUUCAAGCAAUUGGUUUGCCCACAAUGAUGCCACCACAGCAUUUGGUGACACAGCCACUUGUCCCAAAUUUAUCAACACAAGCUGUAACUACUACCACUAACCCUUUCCUAUUAUAAUAGUGAAAGUGAAAAUGUGUAAUGCCGGUGACUAGGGGUGUAGAUCAAGAAUGGUAUCUUCAUGCAAACACAAAAAGACCCUUAUGUUUACUACCAUCUUAUUUAAGCAGAAACAUUUUCUUGUAUCCGUUCUUGUUUCAUUGUGCCUCUGAAUACCAAGAAAUAGUAUUUGUAUGAGCAGUACAGAUAAAAGCACUGAGAUAACCGGCCACAAUUAAAAUAUUGCUUUCUGCAGAUUGAUUGGCAUUCGGUAGUAGUAAUGAUGCAUGUGGUCAGCAUUAUCUCCCUUAUCAAUUUUCACUUUAAUUACCAGUGAUUCCCAUUUAUUGUGAUUAGCUUUGUUUUAUUUUCCCUAGUAGCAAUGUAAGGGUUUUCCAGCUGUUUCUUUUGAUUUUUUUUUUUUUUUUUUUGCAUCUGACAAAUUAUUUCCAUACUAAAUGAACAUAUGUUCUUAUAUGUUUAAUAUAAUUUAAUACCAUAAACUUGCCUUUUUAAAAAUCAUUUAACCUGACUCUAAAUGAUCAAGUAUUCUCUCCAAUAUGAUGACAUUUAAAUCUUUUACAAAUGUGCAUCUAGUACUAAUGAGUACAAAUACUUGCAAAAUAUAACCCUGGAACCCUUGGAAGUACUGCAAUAAUCUCCUAUUUUGAAAUCUCUAUAAACAAAACACUAAAUGCAAGGCUCUGGGCUUUACGUAAGAUAAUUUUGGGGAAUAAAUUAUUUCAUUUGUGAUGCUUUUUGUAUACACCCCACUCAUCACAAAUAAUUUUUAAAACAGGGUCUUAUUUAAAUGCACAUGUUUCCAGUCACAUUAGAAAUUAAAUGUGAAAUUAAUUUUAUUUGAUAGCCACUGCAUUUCGAAUUGGCUUUGCUUUGUAUGCUGUUCAAACUUUCCCAUUCAGUAUGCAUUUCUACAUAAUCUUUGCCUUAUAAGUACAAAUAAAGUCAAAUUGGGACAAUUCCUAUCAUUUUGUUUUAAACAUCUGGACUGCAAUCGUGGAAUGCUGGUUUUAUACAUUUGGAAUGGUAUGAAACGCAAUGCUAUCAUUCAUGUAGGUAUGUUUCAAAUAUGUCUAGUGAAGUUUGCUGUGAUUUGCAAACCUUGAAAAAUAAAAAUUGCAAAGAAGAUCUACUUAAAAACAAAACACGGAUGCUAGUAUAGUUAAUUUUUUAUUUUUAUUUUUUAAAUAAACCAGGGGUUUCUCUAUGUAUUCAUAUGUGACAUAUUUAUCUACAUAGCCCGUUAGGAUAGAUAUUGUGUGCAUCAAUUUUAGUGCUGCUGUGUGGAAGAAAAAAAAGCAAAACAAUUACCCUGUUUCAAGAUUACACAGCUCAAAUAACUUGUCAAUUGACGCUUACUUUAUCUUUAGCGUAUUUUAGGUUAGUCACAAAUAAUCAUUGGCAUUUUGGCACUAAUCAAUGGCACCAAUUCAUAAUAUGGUGUUGACCUUUGAAAAUAUAAUUUCAAAUGCCUAGCAGGAUGAUCUGAGCAAAGGCUAAAAAUACUCCAUACUACAUAUAUAAUGUGGUGACAUACAGAGCAGUGCCUAAGUCCUAACGUAAUGAUAGAAUCCAUUAGUAUGAGUCACACUUAAUCUCGUUUUGUGUGUGUGUAAUGCAGUAUUUGUCUCCUUUAAUAAUAGUUCAAAGCAACACCACUAUUCUCCUAAAUACAUCUUUCAGUUAACUGUUUCCAGGAUAGAUAAUACUGGAUUUCCCCUUUCCAAUGUCUUAACAUAUUGUACAAAUUCUGAAUAAAAGUGGUUUUAUCUUA